AUGGGUGUCGGCGAUGGGAGUGCGAGCAGAGGCUGUCUACCUGGGGUCCGUACCGACGGGGAAGGCAGAAUUCUACCCGGUUUAGUGCCAAAGCGCAUAGAGGGUGAAUAUCGGCUCAUCCAUCAUUUAUCUUCGCCUAAAGGCUCGUCAGUCAAUGAUUGCAUAGAUCGGGAGGAGUUCACUGUCAGAUAUUCGGACUUUGACGAGGCGGUCAAGUUAGUGGUCGCGCUCGGCCGUAAUGCCUUCAUGGGGAAAUCAGAUAUCAAAUCAGCAUUUCGAUUGUUGCCUGUGAAUCCAGCUGAUUUUGACCUCCUUGGUAUGUGUUUCGACGGUCAGUUCUACUUCGACCGGUGUAUGCCGAUGGGUUGUUCGGUUUCCUGUGCAGUUUUUGAGAGGUUUAGUUCCUUCUUACAGGCCUGCUGUCGACGCAUUGCGUCAUCACAGGGCAUCCUUCAUUAUCUCGACGAUUUCUUUUUCGUGGGCAGGGCGGCUGACGAAUGUGCCCACCUGAUGCGGUGCUCUAGGGCGAUGUGUGAUCGAUUUGGCAUCCCUAUUGCUGACGAGAAGACGGAGGGCCCAGUGCAGGUUAUUACCUACUUGGGAUUGGAGAUCGACUCCACCGAAUUGCAGGUCCGGGUGCCGAAGGAGAAACUGAGGGUCUUGCUAAGCAUGCUGGAUGAUUUCGCGUCCAAGUCUAAGUUGACAUUGAGGCAGUUGCAAUCUCUUACGGGCAGUCUGAAUUUUGUCUGUAAGGCUAUAGGUCCUGGUAGGGCAUUUCUCCGCAGAUUAAUCGACUUGACGAGAGGUGUGCACAAGGCCCACCAUAGAAUUCGGAUUUCAAAAGGUGCCAAGGCUGACCUCUUGGCAUGGAGGGAGUUUUUACUGCAUUUCAAUGGGACAGUUUGCUUCGGGGACAGCGUUUGGAGGCGGAAUGAUUUCUUUCAAUUUUACACGGAUGCAGCAGGAAGCAUCGGCUUUGGCAUAUAUUUUGAGUCACGGUGGGCCCAGGCACGUUGGCCCGAGGAGCCUCUUCACUCACACUCACCACUGGAUUGCGUACCGAGCCUCAGGUAUGGGACUCAAUGGUGCACUGGGCAGAUUUUCUUGCAACAAAACGGCGGGAAGGAAACCUCGGCCUCCCAGUUCGAGUCACGUGGAUGGGGACGCGGGGCUUCGUCUGAUGGAUUCGAGGGAUUACGUCAGCAACUUUCUCCACGCAGUAGACUCGCCCACGCAAGCGACAGUUCUACCAAGGACGUCUAUGGUUCUUUCUAUUACGUCUAUGGUUCUACCAUGAGUUGGCGCAGACCGUGCACAGACCCUAUACGCAAUAUCCACGCCAGCGGCUAA